CAGAAAGAAGAAGCUAUGGCUGCAGUGAUAUUGGAGAGCAUCUUUCUGAAGCGAUCCCAGCAGAAAAAGAAAACAUCACCUUUAAACUUCAAGAAGCGCCUCUUUCUCUUGACCGUGCAAAAGCUUUCCUACUAUGAGUAUGACUUUGAACGUGGGAGAAGAGGCAGUAAGAAGGGUUCAAUAGAUGUUGAGAAGAUCACCUGUGUUGAAACAGUGGUUCCUGAGAAAAAUCCUCCCCCUGAAAGACAGAUUCCGAGAAGGGGAGAAGAGUGCAGUGAAAUGGAGCAGAUUUCAAUUAUUGAAAGGUUCCCUUACCCCUUCCAGGUUGUAUAUGAUGAAGGGCCUCUCUAUGUCUUCUCCCCAACUGAAGAACUGAGGAAGCGAUGGAUUCACCAGCUCAAAAAUGUAAUCCGGUACAACAGUGAUCUGGUACAGAAAUACCACCCUUGCUUCUGGAUCGAUGGGCAGUAUCUCUGCUGCUCUCAGACAGCCAAAAAUGCUAUGGGCUGCCAAAUUUUGGAGAACAGGAAUGGAAGCUUAAAACCUGGGAGUUCGCACCGAAAGACGAAAAAGCCUCUUCCUCCCACGCCUGAGGAGGACCAGAUCUUAAAAAAGCCACUGCCCCCUGAGCCAACAGCAGCACCUGUCUCGACAAGUGAGCUGAAAAAAGUUGUAGCCCUUUAUGACUACAUGCCAAUGAAUGCAAAUGAUCUACAGCUGCGGAAGGGCAACGAGUAUUUUAUCCUGGAGGAGAGCAACUUACCCUGGUGGCGAGCCCAGGAUAAAAAUGGGCAGGAAGGCUACAUCCCUAGUAACUAUGUAACCGAAGCAGAGGACUCCAUAGAAAUGUAUGAGUGGUAUUCCAAACACAUGACUCGGAGUCAAGCUGAGCAACUGCUAAAGCAAGAGGGGAAAGAAGGAGGCUUCAUUGUUAGAGACUCCAGCAAAGCUGGAAAAUAUACUGUGUCUGUGUUUGCCAAAUCUACAGGGGAACCUCAAGGGGUGAUACGCCAUUAUGUUGUGUGUUCCACACCUCAGAGCCAGUAUUACCUGGCUGAGAAGCACCUUUUCAGCACCAUCCCUGAGCUCAUUAACUACCAUCAGCAUAACUCUGCAGGACUCAUAUCUAGGCUCAAAUAUCCAGUGUCUCAACAAAACAAGAAUGCGCCUUCCACUGCAGGCCUGGGCUAUGGAUCAUGGGAAAUCGAUCCAAAGGACCUGACCUUCUUGAAGGAGCUGGGGACUGGACAAUUUGGAGUAGUGAAGUAUGGGAAAUGGAGGGGCCAGUAUGACGUGGCCGUCAAGAUGAUCAAAGAAGGCUCCAUGUCUGAGGAUGAGUUCAUUGAAGAAGCCAAAGUCAUGAUGAAUCUGUCCCAUGAGAAACUGGUGCAGUUGUACGGCGUCUGCACUAAACAGCGCCCCAUCUUCAUCAUCACUGAGUACAUGGCCAAUGGCUGCCUCCUGAACUACCUGAGGGAGAUGCGCCACCGCUUCCAGACUCAGCAGCUGCUGGAGAUGUGCAAGGAUGUCUGUGAAGCCAUGGAAUACCUGGAGUCAAAGCAGUUCCUCCACCGAGACCUGGCGGCUCGAAACUGUUUGGUAAACAAUCAAGGAGUUGUUAAAGUAUCUGACUUCGGCCUGUCCAGGUAUGUUCUGGAUGAUGAAUACACAAGCUCAGUAGGCUCCAAAUUUCCAGUCCGGUGGUCUCCACCAGAAGUUCUUAUGUAUAGCAAGUUCAGCAGCAAAUCUGACAUUUGGGCUUUUGGGGUGCUGAUGUGGGAAAUUUACUCUCUGGGGAAGAUGCCAUAUGAAAGAUUUACUAACAGUGAAACAGCUGAACACAUUGCCCAAGGCCUACGUCUCUACCGGCCUCAUCUCGCUUCAGAGAGGGUAUAUACCAUCAUGUAUAGCUGCUGGCAUGAGAAAGCAGAUGAACGUCCCACCUUCAAAAUUCUUCUGAGCAACAUUCUAGAUGUCAUGGAUGAAGAAUCCUGAGCUCACCAAUAAGCUUCUUGGUUCUACUCCUCUACUCCACAAGCCCCAAUUUCACUUUCUUUGAGGAAAUCCCAGGCUUACUGGCCCUGGAGCCUUUGUGCUCUUGCUGAAUACACAAAGGCCCCUCUCCACAUCUAGGAAUGCCUUUCUAUCUCUUCCCUUGGAUAGUACCUUCUG